AACAGUAUUGUCCUCCUUUGCUGGCUGUCGAGUGGCCGAUUGCGUUGCUCCUUCGUUGUGUUGCCUCCGGAAGGGCUCCACAGGUUGCGAAUUGUUCGCUUUUUUUGGGGGGACAUCUCCAGCUUCUGGACACCCACUGAAAUCAACAAUGAGCGUCGACCUGAGCUCUUACCGUGACCAGCACUUCAAGGGCAGUCGCUCGGAGCAGGAGCGACUGCUGCGCCUGAGCACGACGCUUUACGUGGGAAACAUGUCGUUCUACACUACUGAGGAACAGAUCUACGAACUUUUCUCCAAGUGCGGCGACGUGAAAAAAGUUAUCAUGGGUCUCGACCGUUUCCACAAGACUCCGUGCGGCUUCUGCUUCGUGGAGUACUACACGAGGGAGGACGCAGAGAACGCGAUCCGCUACGUGAACGGCACCAAGUUGGACGACCGCAUCAUCCGCACAGACUGGGACGCCGGCUUCGUCGAAGGACGGCAGUUCGGCAGAGGCAAGAGCGGCGGCCAAGUCCGCGACGAGUACCGCACAGACUACGACAGCGGACGGGGAGGCUACGGAAAGCUCAUGGCACAGCGUGUCGUGCCACCACCAGCCGUCGUCUAGACUGGCGUUUGACAACUCUGUACAGACAUAACUUCAACACUGUGUGCCCUUUCCGGCGGGAAUGCAGCCUUUCUAACCGUCAUCAGUUCACAACUCGGAAGUGCCCCGGGUCUACAUCGACAAAUAAAUUGUUUGGAAUCGC